AUGCGCUCUUUCGCUACCAUCCUGGCCCUCGCCGCCACCGCCAUCGCCCAGACGGCCGGCUUCGACCCCAUCUACACCCCCUCCAACGGUGAGGUCAUCCCCGCCGGCUCGACAUACACGGUCACCUGGUCCGCCCCGGCCGCCUACAAGUCCGGCAACGUCGCUAUCAGCCUGAUCGGUGGUGCCGACCAGGGCACCCUCGUCCCCAUCGCCAACAUCGCCAGCGGUGUCGCCAACUCGGCCGAGUCCUACCAGUGGUCCGUCUCCUCCGACCUCGGCGACGCCGCCCUCUACGGUCUCAUCUUCACGCUCGAGUCCGACACCAGCAUCUACCAGUACUCCAUGCCCUUCAAGAUCAAGAAGUCCGACUCCAAGUCCGCUUCUGCCUCUGUUGCCUCUGCCGCCCCUGCUGCUGCCGCCUCCACCACCGCCGCUCCCAUCCAGGCCGCUGAGGUCGUCAAGACCGUCGACCUCGGCACCACGACCGUCACCGACUGCCCCGAGUCCGAUGCCGCCUCGUCCACUGCUACCGCCCCCCCUGCCGUCCAGACCCCGGCCUCCGCCACCGCCACCUGGACCACCAAGGCUAUCCCCUCCGUCGUCGCGCCCCCCGUCAUCCCCAUCAUCCCCAUCAACAGCACCUUCGUCGCCACCCCCUCAGGCACCCCCCCUGUCGGUAUCGCCACCCCCGUCUCCACCCCCACCGAGGUCCCCACCGCCGGUGCGGCCCGUCUCACCUACGGCUCCGCCGCCCUCGUCGGUGCUGCCGUCAUGGCCCUUGCCGCCUUCUAA